CUUUAUUUAUUUAUUUAUUUAUUUCCCAUGUAGCGCUAAUGCUCCUUUCUGAACAAUUAAAGGAGGAAAGUGGAGUGUGAAAGUGUCCUUGAACCCCCUCAUUGCCAAGGAGAUGGGCUGCCUGACAGACAAAACAAAGAAGAGUGUGCACUAGUAGCUUUGCCCCGAGUGAACAUCCUGCCAAUUCAGUCGUUGUACUCUUUAUCCUGCGCAAGACAAUCAAAUCAUUGUAUCAUCUGACAAUCAUCUCUCUUUCCACCGCACACUUGCACCCACUCAACCCUCUCCUCCCUCUUCACCUCAUGAGAACAACCGUUUGAUUGGCUCAUGCAGGGAAAUCCCGAGGAAAGCCCUCCCACCCUUUGUGUUGACAACAAGACACAAGUGUCACGUUUCCUAUGUCUUGCCUGCGUGUUGCAUCAGACUGACAAAAAAGCUUAAAUAGCGUUUCCGCUCACUCCAGUGCAUUCCCGUUCUCAGAUUCCUGCUUUUGAGACUUACUUAUUGGACUUUUUUACUGCAAAUGUAGCUACUUUUUGACAUUUGUAGUCACAAUCUUUGAUUCAUACAUCAGUUUACAGUGCAGCUUUGUAUGCAUCUGUCAAUUUUUGGGUGGGGGGUUUCAUUUUUUUCCCAUUUUUUACAAUUAGAAUAUGUUCAAUAGCUUCAUCUGUGGACAAAUUAACACAACAGUCAGCUUUGAGUUGGAUCACGCCAAGCGCAGAUGCUUUACGUUCCACCGGCCCAAAACACAAAUAUUGUUGUUAUUAACCAGUCGCAUGCGAGAAAGGAAACAUGCUACCUAAAAAGAAAAGACCGACCAUAGUUUCAGAUGAAGAGAAAUGCCAGUCCAUCUUUUCAGCGGUGGCCUACUUCAUGAAGCACCUCGGGGUGAAGACCCGGGCGGCUGACAACAAGAAGUCCCGAGGGGGCUUCUUCCGUAGACAGCUGGUCAAGAACAAGAAGGACGAGUCCACAAAGACCAAGCCCAGGGGUGGCUUCCCUGGGAUACCUAGCUGGAUCGCGGGUAACCCUGAGGUCAAACCUAAAAUGGAAGCCGAAGUGGACAAGGAGAAAGGGAGUCAGGAGCGUAAAGGUCCAACGCCUAUCCGUGGUUCCUUCACCGACCCGGCGGCGCCCACACUUCCCUGCAGGAAGUCAGGGUCUGGAUCCGGAGGCGGCGGCGGCUCCAUCACCUUGCCUACAGUGGAGAUCACGGAGGGCUCGGGCAACAACGCCAGCAUGAGCAGCAGCCCCGAGGCUCUGCAGUCUGAUGGCUUCUCCAGCAAUCGUCUGGAGCCACUAAUCUUUCCCGAAUUGACUGACGGAUCCCCGUGGGAGCCCUUCUUGAUCAGCGACACCCCCGUGGAGGAAAGCCUGGAGAAAGACAGACGCAAGACAAGUAAGAAGGUCGCGCGUAGCGAGAGUGCUCGCGUGGACCGACACCCAUCACGGCGUCGCAGCUCCUCCCGGGCCAAACAGUACCGCUCUCGUAGCGACGUGGACCUGCAGUUGCCUUCCACCAUGACGACCGUAGCAUCAUCGCUCAGCCCCCAUUUCAAUGAAGGACCCAUUCCAGUGGCUGAAGGCUCCGGCUUGUCGCCUGUCAGCCCCUCUCCUCCCGAGGAGAUGGAGCCCCGCCUGCUGGAGUUCGAGCAGGACCCGCCUAACUGGAGGGAGCUGGCCUCCCCGGAAGCUCUGUCGGUCCUCAGCAAGAAGGAGACCAAGAGGCAGGAGGUCAUCAACGAGUUGUUCGCCACAGAGCACGCCCAUGUGCGGAUGCUGAGUGUCCUUCAGAUGGUCUUCUCCAAGCCUCUGGAGCGAGAGGAGCUCCUCACCGCCACCGAGCUGGCCACCAUCUUCCCCAACCUGGACGAGAUCAUAGAAAUGCACUAUCACUUCUACGAGAACCUGAAAAAACUUCGUCUGGAGGACAAGUUUAUCGUCAAAUCCAUCAGCACCACCGUCCUCAACAGAUUUGAGGGCACGGAAGGGGAAUGGUUCCAGAAGCUGGCGGCCCGUUUUUGCAGUCACCAGUCGUGGGCCCUGCACCAGAUCAAGAGCAGGCAGAAGAAGGAGCCUCGCUUCAACUCCUUUAUCCAGGAGGCGGAGAGCAAGCCGCAGUGUAGGAGGCUGCAGCUAAAGGACAUCAUUCCCAUCGAGAUGCAGAGGCUCACCAAGUAUCCGUUGCUAUUAGAGAACAUCGCCAAGAACACAGACGAUCCCAGUGAGAAGGCGCUCAUCCAUCAGAGCGCCGAGUGCUGCAGAAAGAUCCUCAAUCACGUCAACGAGGAGGUCAAAGAGAUGGAAAACCUUCUGACGCUCAAGGAUUACCAGCGGCGACUGGACACGUCGGGACUCAAGCCCAGUAAUGAGCUUUAUACAGAAUACAAGAACAUUGAUCUGACCCAGAAGAAGAUGCUGUAUGAAGGCCCUCUCACUUGGAAAGUCACAAAAGAGAAGGCUGUUGAGGUGCAGUGCGUGCUGCUGGGCGACCUGUUGGUGCUCCUGCAGAGGCAGGAUGACAAGAUGGUGCUCAAGUGUCAGAGCAAGAGCAUCAUCGCCAUGCAGGAAGGCAAGCAGAUGCUCAGCCCCAUCAUCAAGCUGGACUCGGUAUUCCUGCGCGAGGUGGCUACUGAUUUGAAGGCCUUCUACGUGAUCUUCACUUGGGACAGCGGCGCUCAGAUCUACGAGCUGGUGGCUCAGUCUGUGGGCGAAAGGAAGCUGUGGACUAAAGUGAUAAAGUCAGCGGUGGAUGAUCUGAAGAAGAGUGGCGCGCCCAUGAGGAUCACACUGCCUCCUGGAAGUGGAGCAGGAUUUAGUCCUGGGCUGAGCGCCCCUCAGAGCCCCACAGAGAACGGUGGUUUGAAGAGUAGCGGUGAUCGCGAUAAGGACAGCUUGACAGAUGAUAAGUCAUCCGAUCCCCGGCACUCUCUGAUCGACUUCCUGUCUGACAAAGGGUUCGACCUCCUCGCGCACUCCAACAGCUACCGGGAGAAGUUGGCCGCCAACGCUCUGGAUGAAGUCAUGCUGUUGAAGCGGCUGCUGGUCGGGAGCAUCAGUCUGUCGGAGGACAGAGAAAACGGAGAGGAACCCAGUCUAGAAAUGGACAGCUGUCAAUCAACAGAAGGCCUGGAGGAGGAGAAGGAAGGUGUAGUCGCCAAGAGGGACGAGGAGAGCCUCCCCUCGGAGACUGCCAGGCUGGUGGUGUCCCAGGAGAGAAUGGAACAAGUGUGCCGGAGGCUCGUCAGCCUGGAGGGGCAAAUAAAGAGACUCCAGACUGUAGAAGAGGAACAUCACAGACUGCAGGAGGCCCUUUCUAAGUUCUCGUUAGAGGGCGGUCACUUUGCCUAAGACGCCAACACGCCACCUGCUGGCCACUAGACUGUUAUUUUACUGGUGCUUGUUUGGAGUGCAAGAAGCUUUCCGGAAAUGUCCGCAAACCUUCGCUUCGCUGAGAAAACGCUCGGAGAGAUGCUGGAUAAUUUGCUGGAGGAUGAACAAGGGGAGGAAAAUGGCUUGUACGGCCAGUGCUGUGGAAUGUGUGUGUUUGUGUGCCUGUGUGCCCUUCAUUGCGUUGCAUAGCGUUAUGUUGCAUCGCGUUAUGUUCUAUAGUGUUAUGUUGUAUAGCGUCGCGAAGCAUUACAUUGCAUAAUGUGACGUAGCAUUGUGUUGCGAUGCGUACAGUUAUGUAGCAUAGUGUUGCGCAGUAUUAUGUAAAGGUACGUAGCAUAGUGUUACGUAGAGUUACGUAGUGUAGCGUUAUACUGAAUUGUAUAUCGCUUCGCAACGAUACGCAGCGAAGCGUAGCACUGCGUUAUGUUGCAUAGCGUUACGUUACGGUGUUGCGUAGAGUUGCGUAGCGUUGCGUGCUUGUACAAAGAAAGGAUUAGAAAGAAAACCAAAAAAGCCCCCUCUUUCGAGUUCCAAAAACAAAAGCUACACAUUGCUCUUUGCUGCUUCCUAUGAAGUGCUGUUCCACACCUACACACCGCUAAAGGAAUCAAAAAUCACAUGAUUGCCAAAAAGAAAUACCAAUAGUUUCCCUAGGAAGCUAUUGUAAAGCACUGCUAUGAAUGGCAUGGUCCUCAUUCUUUGCCAAAGUACAAUAGAAAUGCACACAUUGUAUUUUAAUAGUUGAAAAUGAUGAGGAAACUGUGUGUGAGGUUAAUUUUCUGGAGGCUUCUUAUCAUACCAGACGUUGUGCUCUUUAGAUAUACUAUGGCCCAACAAGCUGUUAGUACUGGAGACUUUGGUUGUGUUGACUGUUAUUUAUUCCUUUUUGGGGCUUUGGCUUUACCCGAAUGGACGUGAGGCAACGCUGGGCCUGACCGAGAGCGUGGACGUAGGUAGAUGUGAAGGCUAAUGUAGAACAUAGAACAAAUGGAACAUAGCAAGAACGCAUGGUGAGUUUAGUUACAGCGAGUGAGAUGGAAGCGGAUGAAAUUCAGAGUAGGGUAGGAAAUUCUAAUAAAUAACGUAUUUCCUCAACAACUUUAAUAGAUGCCAUGCCACAAUUAAUCAUGGAGGGCAUCACAUCACGCACUUCAAUCAAUACUCCCUUGAAAUAAUGCAUUUGGAAAACCAAGGGGAAUUAUUUGAGUUCAAAGAUGCAACAUUCUUGAGCCCAUUUUGACUGUGUUGCUAACCAAAACAGAAGAAGCCAAGUGUGGAAGCUCCCCGCGCACUGUUAAAUAGCUUACGUGGAGACGAGCCAGUAGUGUUUCCAGUGGGAAAAAAAAGCUUCCCUCUAAUAGACACCUCCCUUUUACCAACCGGGGAAAAAAUUGGUAGUGUAGACUCUUAUACCACAGACUAGUUUCUUGUACAGUAUUGAAGCUGAUCGUAUGCAAUGGAACGAUUAACAGCCACGUAAGAAAAAUAAUAACUCCCUUAUAAAAACGCCCUCAAAUUGAUACCUCCGUUUUUCCCCUCAUCAAACUAACACAGGUAAAUGUAAUGACCUCAAUUCUUUGAUGCCAUCGUUCAGACACUAAAGAGUGCUGUACCUGCUAUUGAGUAACACCCCCACCCCACCACCACUAUUUGCGUAAAUCCACAGUGGAAACACUGGAGGGCCCCAGCAUUGCUACACUUGCAGAUUAGCUCGUGUGUUCUAUUCUUCCCUAAGAGCAACAUCAUUUGUAUUGAUGACACACACACACACACACACACAUAUUUAUAUAUGUAAAAUGUGUAUAAAAAAAAACGCAUAGCGUUGUGUUGCGUCGUGCUGCGUAGGGUUCUAUUCACGUAGCGGAGCAGUUACUGGCGUAGCGUUACCUGCUGUCUUGUAACGACCAUUACGUUGCAUUGUGUUGCGCUCGUUACAGAAAUGAUUACAAAAAAAAAAAAAAAAGACAGCCCUCUUUUGAAUGUUUAUUUGCUGAGAGGUGUCCAAACUAAAAUCUGUGGUGGCAGCCAAUGGAGAUGCUUGUAACAAAACACGGCCUUGAAAAAAGUUGAAAAGCUUUACCAUAGGACAUUAAUUUAAUUUGAUUGAAUGUGCCAAAAUGUAGACUUUUGCAAGAAAAUGUUCAGAACGUGCUACUAUUGUAUUAUUAGACAGGGGGCCUUCACGUAAUAAUCACUGCAAUUUCUGCAAGGGUCAUCAUGGAAUUAGCCAAGCAAUAAGAAUUUAGAGCUAGAAGCUUGUAUUAUAUUUUCAAAAUGCCCCUUAGGCUUUUCUUUCUUAUAAGUGAUGACUAUGCAAGAAAUAUACUGUGUAUUUUGGGUUUUUAUUUUACUGAGGCUGUUUAAAUGAUGUACACUUAAGGAAAACAAACGUGGUACGUUGUUUUUUUUUUUUUUAAUAAAUUGGGGAAAUAAG